UGAUUGGCCGUCUGAACGGUGGCAGGGCUGAUAAACCCCCAGGCUUCCCUGCUGUUCCACAUCACUCUGCUUUGCUCUGUGUGUAUGUGUUCAUAUAUGUGUGUUUGAAACAAACAGAAAGCGUGUGAGGACCGACGAGAGGGACAGUUCUUCUUUUUUGCCUGACACUCCAAAACGAUGGACGCUGCAGAGUUCCGGAGACGCGGGAAGGAGAUGGUGGACUAUGUGGCGGAUUAUUUAGAGAACAUUGAGAAGAGGCAGGUUUACCCUGAUGUGGAGCCUGGAUAUCUGAGGUCGUUGAUUCCUGAGGAGGCCCCGGAGGAGGCAGAGAACUAUGAGGAUGUGGUCAAAGACAUAGAGAGGGUGAUCAUGCCAGGGGUGACUCACUGGCACAGCCCGUACUUCUAUGCAUACUUCCCUACUGCCCACUCUUUUCCUGCAAUGCUGGCAGACAUGCUGUGUGGAGCCAUUGGCUGCAUUGGAUUCUCUUGGGCAGCGAGUCCUGCCUGUACGGAGCUGGAGACAGUGAUGCUGGAUUGGCUGGGAAAGAUGCUGAAGCUACCAGAAGAUUUUCUUGCUGGUACAGAGGGCAAAGGGGGAGGGGUCAUCCAGGGCACUGCAAGUGAAGCCACUCUCAUAGCUCUUCUUGCUGCUCGUUCCAAAAUCGUCAAACUGAUCCAGGCUGACCAUCCUGACCAAUCUGAGACAGAUAUUACAUCCAAACUAGUCGCCUAUUCAUCUGAUCAGGCACACUCAUCGGUGGAGAGAGCAGGGUUGAUAGGUGGAGUGAAGAUGAAGAAAAUUCCCUCCGACAAUAAGUUUUCUGUGCGAGGAGAUGCACUGCGGAAAGUUCUAGAGGAGGACAGAGCCAUGGGACUCAUACCAUUUUUUUUUUGUGCAACAUUGGGAACAACUCCAUCCUGUGCAUUCGACUGCAUCACUGAGCUCGGCCCUAUUUGUAAUGCAGAGAAAAUCUGGAUGCACAUUGAUGCCGCAUAUGCUGGGAGUGCAUUUAUCUGUCCAGAGUUCAGACCCCUCCUGAAUGGCGUAGAGUUUGCAGACUCUUUUAAUUUCAAUCCUCAUAAAUGGCUCCUGGUUAACUUUGAUUGCUCAGCAAUGUGGGUGAAGAAAAGAUCAGACAUUAUUGGAGCAUUUAAAAUGGAGCCGCUUUAUCUGAAGCAUGAUCACCAAGAGUCAGGACUUGUCACUGAUUAUAGACACUGGCAAAUUCCAUUGGGACGUAGGUUCCGCUCGCUCAAGAUGUGGUUUGUGUUCCGCAUGUACGGACUCAAAGGUCUCCAAGCCUACAUCCGCAAGCAUGUAGGGUUGGCCAAAGAGUUUGAGUCUCUGGUGAGAGCUGACCAACGCUUUGAGAUCUCAGCUGAUGUUGUGCUGGGCCUCGUCUGCUUUAGACUCAAGGGCUCCAAUGAAUUAAAUGAAACUCUGUUGAAGAGGAUCAACAGUGCACGUAAGAUCCACCUGGUUCCAUGCCAACUGGCAGGCAAGUUUGUUCUGCGUUUUGCCGUGUGUGCCCGUACUACUGAGUCACGGCAUGUUCAGGAGGCUUGGUGCCACAUCAACCACCUGGCAUCAAAGCUGCUUCAGGAACUGCCCCACUGACCACUAUGGUGGGCAUCACAUGUUAAGUCAAAUGGGUGAUCUGUACCACGUCUGCUAUCCACACUGUCUUACUUUCACUCUACUGCUACAAUUCUUUAUACUAUUUAUUGUCAAAAUGUGCAUAUGUGUGUGCAUGUUUGUCUCAAAGGUGUCCACCAAGAGUGCAGAGUGUCUGUCUUUUGUGAGCUGAUCAUGUGCGUGUUGUCUUCUGAGAGCAAUGUUUUAUCCAAAAAAAUGUACCGUGGUGUACCAAGGAAUAAAAGUGAUGUCCGGAGGGGAUAUAUGUUGUUUUUUUGUUUGUUUGUUUUUUUAUGACCCUACAAGUUUGAUUAAAUGAUCAAAAUAUGAGGAAAAUGUUUUAUAAAUUUUAAAUAUUUUAAAGGUACACUAUGUAGCUUUUGGCAUCACAGUAGCCAGAGAAACUUUUCUCUAUUUGCAAUAUGAUGAGACACGAACAGGCGAGUUAUGUAUGUUCGCAUUUUCCCGUGAAAACCAUCCCAACAUGUCUAAAAUAUAAACACUUAUAAUAGGCUUACCAUAGUGAAUCGGGGUAAAACAAAAAGGAAGAAUUUUUGGCAAAAAAAGGCAAUCUACAACUAUAGGUUUUAUUUUACUGUGCAAAAUACAAAUGCAUUGAAAAACAAAAAGCUCACAGGAAAAAGCAUACACUAACAACAACAUAAUCAGUUAUUAAUAUUUCAUUGUUUCUCUCUUGUUUUUGCAUGUGUUCAUAAUUUCUUUGUAUGACAGCCUGUCCAAAAAAUUAUGUCCGCACAAUUUGUCAUGUUUCAUUGCUUUAUCACAAAUUAAACAAUUGACUCCAAGCACAACUAUGUAAUAUGAUUACAAAAUCAUUAAAUAAAUCAUUAAUAAUAUUUAAAUAAAGGGUGAAUAUAUACAUUUUUCUAGGCCGGACAUCACUUUUGGCCACUACUGUACCUGUGCAUUUGAAAAUGUGUCUAUAUUUGGUGUCUAUAUGGAAUAUGUUUUGUAAGAUAUUCAGAGAAUGUUUUCUCUUGAAUGAGAGUAUAGAGAAAGUUUUCAGACUGCUUUUACCAGAGCAUUGGCCUUUAUUGUUUCUCACUAUGACUUUGCUCACUAUUCUGCAUUUUCAAAAAUCAAAAUCAAAUAUUAAAUAUUAAGGAAUAUUAAUUCCUCCUUCCUUUCUUUUUCUAAAAGCAUUUAUCUUGACUCAGCACAGCUUCUGUGACGCGAUACCUCACCACCCUUCUUUGACACAGUUAUUGUGCCCAAAAUGAUUUGACUGGUACAUAUUAAACAGUAUAGUGUAUAUGUAUUGACAUUCACAAUAAAGUGCAUUUCUCCCAAAA